CUGCGUUCACCAGCAACUUUUAUGUGUGUUGCUUGAAUUUCCAGCAUCUGCAGAAUUCCUGUUGUUUAUAUUGAAUGUUGGUGGCUUUGGGGAGUAAUCUCUGGAGUCCCCCUAGAUAUAUCCAUUGAACAAGUUGAAAAUAAUUUAGCCGAGUGAAAAGUUGUGGAUUCUAAAUGUUUAAAAGUGUUUUGCGGUGGAGUAAGAACAGAUAGCUUAUCGCUGUUGAUUAAAUUUGAUGGGAAAAGGUUUGGCGGAUAGGAUGCAGUUAGGUUAUAUGGUUCCAGUUUUUGUGCUGCCCCCUCUGAGAUGCCUUCAAUACCAGAAGUUUGGCUUAUGUAGCAACUGUGUAAGGGUAAAAAAAAACCAGUGUGGUAGGUCUGGUGGAAAAUAUGAUUUUGGCAAUUGUGGAGAAGGUGUUAGGUUAAUAUGUAACACUUACAGAGGAGAACAUAAUUCUGCUUAUGCAGGGUGUACAAUAAACUUGUGAAAGUGCAGUAUGUUCAAAUGGAAAUGAGCAUAUCUUAUGCAGAGGCUCUGCAGAAAGUGUCAAAGGGACCUGUUAAUAUAAGGAAAACAGAUUAAAGAUGAUGUGUAAAGUGCAUGAUUGUAUAACAAAGGAUUAUUUGUUGAUAAAUUAAAAUUUGUCACUUGGCAGAUGUGGUAAAUUGUACAGCACAACUAAAAGUAGGACAGAAAAAGAAUAAAAUUAUAUAAAAAGCUGUAGAAAAACAUCUAGAGAUGAAAGACUUAAAUCUAGACCAGAAUCAGGUUUAUUAUCACUGGCAUUUGUUGUGAAAUUUGUUAACUUUGCAGCAACUGUUCAAUAUGAUACAUGAAGAAAAAAAGUAAAUCAAUUACAGAAAUGCAUUCAAACAAUAUAUGCUGCACCGUUUCUUGACAAGUGCACUCCCUAUAAAAGCUGUAUCAUACUUGCUAAUUUUGAUCAAGCAACUAUUCAACCCGCUAUGUCCAAUAUGUAAAUCCUCCUGGCCAUUCAAGCUCGGAAGAGGAGGCCGAAAGGAAAGAAAGAGAAGGCUCAUAAAAAAAACCAAGCAGAAGAUUGAGCUGCUGAUGUCAGUUAACUCUGGGAAGUCGUCCUCUUCAGAAAGGCCAGAGGCUUAUCACAAAGCUGCGGCAGCUGCUCCUCCUCCACCGCCACCUUUACCUGAGCCGUGUCCUCCUGAGCAAGACGAGGAAAUCCUGGGAUCUGAUGAUGAAGAACAGGAAGACCCUGCCGAUUAUUGUAAAGGUGGCUACCAUGCUGUGAAAAUUGGUGAUCUAUUCAAUGCACGAUACCAUGUAAUUAGAAAGCUGGGAUGGGGACAUUUCUCAACAGUAUGGCUGUGCUGGGACAUUCAUGGAAAACGAUUUGUUGCCAUGAAAGUGGUAAAGAGUGCCCAGCACUACACAGAAACAGCUCUGGAUGAAAUUAAGCUACUCAAGUGUGUACGAGAAAGUGAUCCCAAUGAUCCAAAUAAGGACAUGGUGGUACAAUUAAUUGAUGAUUUCAAACUUUCGGGCAUGAAUGGAAUACAUGUCUGUAUGGUAUUUGAAGUGCUGGGUCAUCAUCUUUUGAAAUGGAUCAUCAAAUCCAAUUACCAGGGGCUUCCUAUUCUUUGUGUGAAAAGUAUUAUUCGACAGGUCUUGCAGGGUUUGGAUUAUCUACACAGCAAAUGCAAGAUUAUCCAUACAGAUAUAAAACCAGAAAAUAUCUUAAUGUGUGUAGAUGAAUCUUAUAUUCGACGGAUGGCUGUGGAAGCAACAGAGUGGCAAAAAGCAGGUGCUCCACCACCUUCUGGCUCAGCAGUGAGUACUGCCCCACAGCAGAAACCGGGAGGAAAGAUGUCCAAAAACAAAAAGAAAAAGUUGAAAAAAAAGCAAAAGAGGCAGGCAGAACUUCUAGAGAAACGUAUGCAAGAAAUAGAAGAGCUGGAGAGAGAAGCAGAAAGGAAGAAGAUGGAAGAGAUUUUAACAACUGUUACAACAAAUGAUCAAGAAGGAGAGAAGGUAGUUGAGCUAAAGGAAACAGUGAUAGAUCCCGCGGUAGAUGUGGAGCGACAUAAUCAGUGCAAUGAAGUUGAUGAUCAGGAAGAAAAAGAAGAUACAGAGAAAGAAAAUGUGGGAAAAGAUGAAGUAGAAAAUACAGUUACCAGGACAGAUACAAAAUGUGAUGAAACACUGAAAACAAAUGGGCACAUUGAAAAUGGCCCAUUUUUACUUGAGCCAUUUUGUGAUGAGGAAGAAGAUGAUGAUGAGGAGGAUGAGGAUGAUGAUGAAUGUCCCAAUGCAGAAGAUAGUCCACUUGAUGGACCAAAUGCUGAGAAUUUAACUUCUAAUAAUCCCUAUGGACAGCUUAAUGGAGAUAUACAAAAUGGACAGAAUAAGAACCCAGAGUCUCAAUUCUCUGAAAUGUCUGAGUCUGUAUUUUCCAAGCUUUUAGAAUCUGCAGCUUGUGGAUCAGAUGGAUCAACAGUGACUGAGCAUGAAGACAGUAGUCCAUCACAAGAUAGGAGUAGAACUGUAUCUGCAUCCAGUACUGGAGAUGUGCCAAAAUUAAAGAUUCGUGCUGCAGAUUUGUUGGUAAAUCCACUUGAUCCAAGAAAUGCAGAGAAAAUCAGAGUUAAAAUUGCUGACCUGGGAAAUGCUUGCUGGGUUCACAAGCAUUUUACAGAAGAUAUCCAGACACGACAGUAUCGAUCAAUAGAAGUUCUAAUUGGUGCUGGGUACAGUACACCUGCUGAUGUAUGGAGUACAGCUUGUAUGGCCUUUGAACUUGCAACUGGAGAUUAUUUAUUUGAACCUCAUUCUGGUGAAGAUUAUUCAAGGGAUGAAGACCACAUAGCACACAUCAUAGAGCUGCUAGGCAAUAUCCCAAGACACUUUGCUCUUUCUGGGAAAUAUUCUCGGGAAUUCUUCAAUCGCAGAGAUCACAUAGCUUUGAUCAUUGAACUGCUGGGGAAAAUCCCUCGAAAGUUCGCAAUGUCUGGAAAGUAUUCCAAGGAGUUUUUCACCAAAAAAGGAGAAUUACGGCACAUUACAAAACUAAAACCCUGGAGCCUAUUUGAUGUACUUAUUGAGAAAUAUGGAUGGCCUCAUGAGGAAGCUGUGCAGUUCACUGACUUCUUGCUGCCCAUGCUAGAAAUGGUUCCUGAGAAACGAGCUUCUGCAGCAGAAUGCCUCAGACACCCCUGGCUUGGCUCUUAGCAGCAUUUACAACUUUCUUCAGAGAGCUGACGAUGUUUAUCAUGGACCCAGCAAAGUGGCAAACUCUGAAGCAUCGGGGUGUAAUUCCAAGCCUCCAAGAUCAGGCCGCUUUUCACUCAAGUACAGUUAAUGUUUGAACUUUUGCUUUUGUGCAUUGUGUUUUUGGGAAGGGUAGUUUUGUCUUUAGCGAGAGGUAGCUGACUCUGCUGAAAACACUUAACAUGUCUUGAUGCUUUGUUUCUUGUGUCGCCUGACCAUCUCAUGUUGAAUUUCCUAACUUGAAAGUAAUAAGAUUUUUUUUCAUGCAUUUGGAUAUUUUUUGUACUUAUUUAUGAAAAUUGUUUUAGCUGAUGAGUAUUAAUAUUGAAUGAUAAGGUAGAGGGGAGAUGCUACUAUAUAAGGUAAGGAAGUAGCUGAGAUAUUGCAAAGAGCUGUACAAUUGUAUCCAAUGGAAAAGAAGCAUUAUUCUUGUAAAAUCUGUAGAUUUUCUUGUAAAAUAUCUUUCCAUAUAAUACAGAAAUGGGACUUAACCUAUAAUAUUUUCAUGAAUGACUUGUGCUGAGAGAAUGCAUGUUUUGGAGCUUAUUUACUUACAAAUGAGGCUGUAUAAUUUUUAUGUUGGCUCAGAGUUAAAUAUUGUUUUGCUGGGUACUGUGUUUAUUAAUGCCUUGUAAGUAAUUUUGCAAACUAACCAGACUUUCAGAAAUACAUUAGUCCUAUUUCAGUCCUCUAAAGGAGGCAAAUUGCUUGGUUGCAUUGCCCAUUUUGUAAUCAUUGCAAUAGUCCUAAUUGUCUAUCAUUAUUUAUGAGUUCCCAAAAAAAGUUAUCCUCCACAAAGUUUUACCUUUUUUUAAAAUUUCUUACUGUGCUUCAGCAUUGUGGGGUAUAUAUCCAAGGAAAAGAUUUGUGAUCUGUACUUAAGCUGCAAAAGGAACAAAAAUGAAAACAUGAUUUUUCUAUGUGCAGAUUUAAUAUUUUGUCACAAAAGAUUAUAUGUUAAAAUGUUUUGCUGUUAGUACAGAGAUGAUACUAAUUGAUAUUAAAAUAAAAGUGAAUAUGUUAAAACUUGGUUUAAAAUAACUUGCUAUAUAGCAAACCCUACAGAUUUGCAUAAAAGGAAAGUUGACCUUGGUCUGUUUACAGCUUUGCUUUCUCAGCAUCAGACAGUGGCACAACAAAUUGCACUGGUCUUUGUAGUUUUUUCAGGGAUUAACAAUGUAAAUAGAUUUUUUUUUAAAUCAUUCAUGGAAGCAUUGAAUUCUCAAAAUGUUAGUUCGAGUAUUUGAGUUGCUGUGUGUAAUUAAAAAAUUUAUUAGAUAGCAAAUGUGGUCAAAUUGCAAUUCAGGCAUGUUCUCUCAUCAGUAGUAAGAUUUUCUACUUGUUGGGUCUUCAGGUGUGCACUAACCUCUAAACGGUCAAUGAUGUGAAAGUAGACUGACUAGUUUUAUUCUGAUUGUCCACUUUAAUUAUGGUGCCACUAUUUCUAAAUCUACCAGUUGCUGGUUUAUCCAUCUGCCUUUGCAAUAACUAGAUUGUGGAUAAAUAAUUCUGGUAUUGUAACAAUAGCAAAUGUUUUGAGGUGCUUGUGACUGUCUAAUUAAACUGUUUUGUUUCCACAAGUCGUGUUGCUUAUUGGAAUGGCAAUGGCAAGAUAAUUUACAAUAAUAAAUUAUUUAGCUGCACAUAGAAUGCUAU